AUGGUGCGGAAGAAGUCCACACUCACGAGAUCGUCGUCGCCCCAUGAGCAACAGGACAGCAGCGAUGAAGAGUUUUCUGGGAGGCCAGCCGAUGCGCGCAAGCCUCAUCAGGCGCUGAAACGUCAACGUCAGCAGCAAGUUGUCGCUGGCUCUGCCACUUCUGGAAGGACGCUCCGCGAUUUGCUUGGUCUGACAGCCGCAGACGACUACAUCGAGUCAUCAGCCGCCGUUGCAGACAGAAACCCACAUCGUAUCCGUGGACACUCUCCAGAAGCCAAACACAGCAUCGAUACGGACGGCGAGACGUCGCGUAGGCUGCGUAGUACCUCGCCUUCCACCUCCACAUCAUCAUUGUCUUCCUCUUCGGAAGAUGAGCUUGUGCUUCCGCUAUCGCGAGCACCUCGAGAACCCGCGGUUCCUGUACCGCCCAUAACACCUCGGAACGAAUCCAGAGAGCCUCUGCUGUGGGCCCGUUUAGGUCGCAGUCAGCCGUGCACUGAUUCCGAUACUGACGACGAAGAACCGGAACAAGCGCUCAGCUUGGCUACCACUGGCAAUGGGACCCUGCAGACGAGUCUCAAACCAAGGCCGAGCUCAGCUCUUAGCGACAGUCAGACGAGCGACGAAGAAGAUGAAGCCUUCCUCGCCGUCAGGGCACCAGCCUUGGCGUCAGAAACUUCGUCGAACGCACCGGCCCGCCCCAGCACCUCUGACGCACCACCCAAUGCCGCUUCACAUGGUCAGAGACCAUCCUUUCCCAUCCCUGACGAGCUCAAGGAUAUCGUACCAUUGGUCCUCGCACCGAAUGUUCAAGUCCCUGCCGCCAUCAAUCGUUUCCUUCGAGGCUAUCAGCGCGAUGGCGUCCGCUUCCUCUAUCGAUCCUACGCAGAAGACAGAGGCGCUUUACUUGGUGAUGACAUGGGUCUCGGAAAGACGAUCCAGGUCAUCGCAUUCCUCUCCGCUAUCAUGCGAAAAACGGGUCGAGAGGAAGAUGCGGACCGUCGUAUCGAAGCUGUGCGUAGCGACAGACAGCGUUCCGGUUAUCACCGUGCGGACGCCAUUUGGCCCACAUGCCUUAUCAUCUGCCCCAGCUCGGUCAUUGACAAUUGGCGUCACGAGCUCGACACGUGGGGCUAUUUCGAGCACGCCGCCUACAGCGGAACGCGCGCCAAGGAUGCGCUCGAUUCCUUCCGCCGCGGUCGACUCGAUAUCCUCGUGACCAGUCACGAGACGGCCUCGCUCUCGAUCGAGCAUCUGCGCGAUAUCGACCUGUCCUGCGUGAUCAUCGACGAGGCUCACAAGCUCAAGAAUCCCAGCUCUCAGAUGACUCAGGCUAUGCAAUCUUUCCGUUGCAAAGCUCGUCUGGCAUUAACGGGGACCGCGAUCCAGAACACCUACCGCGAGCUUUACACGCUGGCCGACUGGACCAAUCCAGGUCUACUAGGCACAGUCAAGGAGUGGAUCGCCGAGAUCGAAGACCCGCUAAAAUAUGGACAGAGACGUGGCGCAGAUCCCGAACGCAUCGCUGACGCCAGGACUCGUGCCGAAAAGCUGGUCAAGAAUGUUCUGCCCUUGUUCUUCCUGCGCCGCACCAAGGCGCUCAUCGCCGACCAGCUUCCACGCAAGUUCGACAAGAUCGUCUUUUGUCCGCUGACAUCCACGCAGCUCAAUGUGUACAAACGCAUCUUAUCGGAGGACGAGGUGGACUUGAUGAAGCGGCAUGCCGAUCCCUGUGAUUGUGGCCGACUGGAUCCGGAAACGGGCCUUGCCUAUCGACGCCAAAACUGCUGCUUCAAGCGCGACCGCAAAGGAGAGUCAUGGAACAAGAGCAUGCUCAAGUACAUCUACCUGCUUCAAAAGUGCUCCAAUCAUGUUGCACUCGUGUUUCCAGAUCCCGAGGAUGCGAGCUCCAAAGAGCCCGACCGGAUGGACAGGUACAAUCGUCAGCAGUCCUACGUGCAGCUCAUAUUCCCUGAUAGUUGGCAGGGCAAACGCUGCAACGCCGCCAACGGGAUGGAGCCCGAGUUUUCUGGGAAAUGGAAAGUGCUGGCUGGGCUGCUCGCGCAGUGGCAUGCUGAUGGCGACAAGGUGCUGCUUUUUUCAACCAACUUGCGGCUGCUUCAAUUCAUCGAGUUCUUCUUGGCUCGCGAAGGGCACAAUUUCCUGCGUCUCGACGGCACUACGCCGCAGACGCGUCGUCAACAGCUUGUCAACCAGUUCAACAGGGACAGCAGCAUCUUUGUCUUUCUCAUCUCCACUACCGCAGGCGGUACGGGUCUCAAUUUGACUGCAGCAAAUCGCGUCGUCGUGUUUGACCCGCACUGGAACCCGUCGCAUGACCUGCAGGCAAUGGAUCGAGCGUAUCGUUUCGGUCAGUCGAGGGACGUCUACGUGUAUCGCCUGAUCGGAGCAGGUUCGCUUGAAGAGGUCAUCUAUGGAAGGCAGCUGUACAAGCAGCAGCAAAUGGAGAUAGGCUACAAUGCGACCAAGGAACGCCGCUACUUCGAAGGCGUGGCGGGCGAUCAGGGCAGUCUCGGAGAGCUGUUUGGGUGCAAGAACUUGUUUACGCUGCACGAGAGCAAUUUGGCGAUGAAGUCGAUCAUCGACGAAUGCAACAUUUCCGAGGUGACGUUCGCAUUGGAGCAGUAUCUCAAGACGGGCUCGCUCGACGAUCAAACAAGUGCAGACCAAGCUUUCGCAGAGCGAGCUCACAGUCAACAAGCAGACAUCACAGAGAAAGCAGACGGUGCAGGAGGUGAAAACGCGUCGGUGCAGCCGGAUGCUAUCCGGAGCAUCCUUGAGGGUAGUGGCAUUGCUUACAGCCACGACCAUGCAGCUCUCGUGGGCCACAGUGCUGCUGAAGCUGCGCUGCAUCGCAAGACUGCGCAGCAACAAGGGCCCAUUCAGCAGCGCACUCGGAGGACGAAAAGCGGCGUCAGUGUUGCCAAGCAAACAGGCUCGUCGCGGUCCUCUGGCACUUCCUCGAUCAAGAAAGAGGCGCUCGAGGCUGCUACGACGCCUGCAGCCAUCUGGCCACCUCCGCGCUCGAAACCGGCCUCUUUCAAUGAUGCAUUUUCCACGCAGGAAGAAUCUCAAUCGCUGGCGGUGGCAGAGCAAGGCCUGCGUCGAGCUGUAAAUAUGGACAACGUUGACGCCGCCAGCAGCUCGACUCGUAUGCCCGACUUAACGGAUCUCGCUCGACUGCAGAACAUUACCGAAGUCGAAUUGGCCACCGCCGUCAAUGGCAUGUCGGCAGCAGAACAAAAGGCGUUCUUUGGCGAUGCUGUUCGUCGCUGGAACGGAAAGCGCAGUGUUCUUGCCAAGGCAGCAGUUCAGCACCAGCAGCAGCACCAUCAAUUUUUCUGA